AUGGACUUGCAGCAAAGAAAGGCUCUUGCAAAUGGGGAUCACGUGACCGAUAGGCAAAAACAAUGGGCAUCCCUUGGUGCUUGGUUUUUGGGACCCAAAGGAGAAAAUGGGGAAGUGUUUCGGGACCUCUUGACGAAGGCUGUCGAUUCGCAUAUCGGAUUCCGUCACAGGUAAUUUAAAGUAUAGGAGCACACAUGUAAUGUGGCCAGUAAUAAUCAGGCUAUAACGUGUUGUCUUCAUUUAUUUUUCUUAACUGGGUAAUUUAUUUAUCUUACAGACGAAUUUUUUUCUUGUAAUUAAUCACUUCAGCCACACCUAUAGUUAUUUGAAAUUGUCGAAACAAGAAGCAUGGCUUAUUUGUAAGCUUUGCGUCAUUAAUCCAAAAGCCUGCGUACACAGGUCGCACAAAACGGAGAGGGAACAAAGCAGGCCGUAUAGGAUUCUCCGAAACUGGUAUUUUAAGCAAAUAUAGACACCCUGAAUGGUUUUAUUCAACUUUCAUCCUAAUUAAAACGGCUACCGCGUUUCCCGCAGAAACGACGCUGGUUCACGCACGCUCACUACUUUCUUUUGCAUUAAGAAAAUCUCGUCAGCUCGUAAUCGUCCUUGUCUCUAAUUACAAAAAGCUGUUAAGUUAUCUCAAAAAACUAAGAGACGUGCCGGUGCUCACAGACAAAUGGUUUCACACCCCAAAAGUAUCACAUUUAUUCAUGUUAUACUCACCUCAUCCAAUAAUUGUCCAUUGUGUUCAACAGUUACUUCCCCUGUGAUCCCCCUUACGUCACAGACCAGCUUCGAGAAGCAGGAUCCUUCAACUUUGCCAUGCAGAGGUUAAAAACUGAGAUGGAAAAAUUACAGGCCGAAUUAAAAAAGUCUGUUCCAUUCUUCAGUUCAAGAUACAAGGUAAAUACAUCAAGAAUUAAUUACUUUCAACCAUCAAUUCAUCUAUUCAUUUCGUUUUUUUUUUCUUUUUCCUCAUGAAAAAUAAUAAUAACCAACAUAACGAUAUUGACGAACAUAGCGAUAAAGAUAAAGAUAAAAAGAAAGCCAUGAUAAUGAUAAUGACAGUGACAAUGAUAAUGAUAAUGAUAAUGAUAAAGUUAAUGAUAAUGAGAGUAAUAAUGAUAAUGAUAAAGAUAAAGAUAAAGACAAUGAUAUUGAUAAUGACAGUGAUAAUGGUAAUGAUAAAGUUAAUGGUAAUGAUAAUGAUAAUAAUAAUGCUAAUGAUAUUGAUAAUGACAGUGAUAAUGGUAAUGAUAAUGAUAAAGUUAAUGAUGAUGAUAACAAUAAUGAUGAUGAUAAAAAUAAUGAUGAUGAUAAUGACCAUGAAAAUGAUAAAGUUUUGAAAAUGAUAAUGGUGAUGAUAACGACAAAGGUCUUGAAAAUGAUAAUUGAUACUAGUACUAGUUCUACUACGGAGCGCGCUCCUAUGCCUAAAGGGACCGAGAACCCCGAGAAGGAGGAACUUAGAUGUUAAGGACAGGGAUCUAGAAAUAGAGAAGGGUCAAGCAGGACUUCCCUAGACUCAGCAGCUGUAGAUGCCUUCUUAAAUGUCUGUAUUUUAUUUUAUUUUAUUUAAACAUUUGAAAGAAACUUUUGAAUUUUAGAGGCUAAAAGUUUUUUUUUUUCUAUUGAAAUGAAAUGUUUUUAAUUCGAAUAAAUUUUUCUUAGUUAAGUUAACUUUUUCUAAGCUAAAUUAAGUGUUUUUUAAAUCGACAGGAAUUGUAAAUAGUGUUUUGAAUGAAUAGUUUUUUUCUUUUUUUCAAGCGAAUUAAUUGUAAAUAGGAUUUUAAUAUAGUCAGCAUUGUUGUCAAAAAAAUUUUUUCACUACUAAAAAAAACUAGUGCUACUACUAAUAAUGUUUUAUUCAACUUUAAAAAUAUGUGCAUAAUUUACAGAAAUGUUUGAAGUAAGAAUUAAGCAGCAUAUAACAUUAAGAAUUAUAAAAAUCAUAAAAAUACAAUCAAAGUGUCAAUAAUGAUUAACAAAUACAUUCCUGGCCGCUCAGAUGCGAUCAACAACUCUUGCAGGCGGUCCAGCGUUUUAAUAUAUAUACAUAUACUACUACUACUACUACUACUACUACUACUACUACUACUACUACUACUACUACUACUACUACUACUACUACUACUAAUAAUAAUAAUAAUAAUAAUAAUAAUAAUAAUAAUAAUAAUAAUAACAAUAAUAAUAACUGUAGCAUUUAAUAGCCAUAGGCUAAGGCAAACAAACUAUUGACCCUUCUAAACUUUUGGCCCUCAUAUUAAAAGGAUAUAUAGCUUUUACAUCUACGCCUUUGUUUAUGAUUAUAUUAUACUAACUAACAACCCAUAUUUCUUUUCCUAAGGGCCACGUUCAAUGGGAGACAGCGAUGCCAGCUAACCUUGGCUACAUGUCUGCAAUGUUGUACAACCAAAACAACUGCGCAUCAGAAUCCUCUCCUGUCACAAGUAAAUACGAAAUGGAGGUGGGCAAAGACCUGUGUGUCAUGGUGGGGUAUGACAGGGACAGAUGUAUGGGACAUCUCACCGCUGGGGGGUCUGUAGCCAACAUUGAAGCAAUUUGGGCGGGAAGAAAUGUGAAGUACUUUCCACUGGGACUACAAGAAGCUUUGUUGAAGGACAAAAGACUUUCUGGUGCCAAAAGUUACAAGGUACGUUUCCCUGUUUUACUUACGUUCUGGUUUAUUUAUCCAUGCACUUUACCUUUUGCAUUGUUUAGGCAUAAUGUGGACGGAUAGCUUUGGUAGAGUAUAUAAGAAAAUACCAUUUUCGGUUUGGCCAGCCGUGGCAAAUGAACAUUACUUAGUAAUACCGUGGAGAGUGCUAAGAAGGCACAAGGACCAGAGUAGAAGAAAAUUAAUGCUUUAAAUAACUCCUCAUAUGCCAAGUAAACAUCUGCGAUGAAAUUAACUGGAUUGAGUACACAUGGUGUAAAGACAUUGCAUCGUUUAAAUCACAACCACUUACACUGUAUAACUUAGGUUCUUUUCACUGGAAACCAUUCAUAUUUUUUUGUUUGAUUUUUUUUAUUAUUAUUGAUUUGCUCAACAUUGUAUGUAAGGUUACAAUAUUUUGAUAGUGCUUAAGAAAUAAUUACAAUAUUGAACAGGAGGUCUCAGAAACCUUUCUGGUCUUAUCGAGGAGACUCCCUGUCAGUUUUCAUCAAUUUCAUUUGAUUAUGAUGACAUAGACGAUUUUGGCUAGUAAAUAAGGUUUUACAUCAUCAAUACUAUAUAUGUGCUUACAUCGAAUAUAUAAAUAAAAUAUUACAAAUGUGGCAUCACUGUUUCAUUCUACCUCUUCACUCAUCAGAUGAAUAUUCUCAAAAAGUUUAAAAGAAUAACUUGACCGACCAUCUCUUAUGUCAUCCGUCAAGCUAUUAUAAAUUAUAUCUAACCUUUUGUUUGCAACAGUAAAUUAUCGUACAUUUGUUUUACCCAAGGGCUUAUGUAGACGUUUGUAUAAACGAGUGUUAUGAUCAUGGAUUUCAUUAUUUUUCUUAAAAUUAAAAAUUGGUUAGCGCUCCAGGAAGUUGAUUUUGUGAGGACUGAUAUUUUAGACAUUCAACGACAAAUUUAUUCAUCUGUUAAAUAUUGAGAAUAUUAAAUUGUUGAGAUAAAGAUUUCGACAAAUGAUUAUACUUUUUUAAAAAACAGCAUGAUCCCGACAAGUUUUUUUCUGCGGCUUAAAAAAUCUUGUCUAGAUUCCCUCGACUCUCAAAGUUUGUCUCGCUUCAGCCAGAGAAACAUUGAGAUUUUUUUGUUAUAAUAUUAUAAUUAUUAUUCCUGGCAAAGAGAAGCUAAGAGAAUUAACCAUGUCCCGGUUCGUGGACAGUCAGUGAGUGUUUAGUGACGGAUCCAUAUAUUUUUCUAACUUUAUUUUUCUCCGGUCAGGUUUUAUUGCCUCAAAGAGGAAAAGAAGAAGAAUUAAUCAGCGCUUCACAGUGGGAACUCCUUAACCUUGAUGUCGACACUAUCUUACAAAUGCCUUCAGAUGUACAAGCUUUGGCAAGCCUCGAACAUCAUGAAUUUAUGGAAAUAAUGUCGAAGUACCUUUAUGAGUCCAUUGGAACGCAGGAGUUUGUAAGGCGACAUAUGCUAACACAAAGUCCAUGCAUUGUUGUUCCAAGCACAUUACACAUUUCCUUGACGAAAGCAGCCACAAUCCUUGGACUUGGUCGAGAGAGCCUUGUUUCUGUAGCAGUUGACGAAAACUCGCGGAUGGAUCCUAUUGGUUUGUAACAGUUUCUGUCUGUCUUCAUUUAGACCCCCCCCCCACACACACACACACACCAAUUUUGUUUUUCUUUUCUUUUUUUUUUUUUUUUCAACAAUCAAAAACAAAAACCAGAAAACGGAAACAGAACAAAUAACUGUAGGGUGUAUUUAGUUAACAUUAACAAAAUGCGUAUUAACCAACUUGUGAGUUAUAUAUGGAAGUGAAUUACAUUUACUUAUAACUUAUACUUAUACUUGUAAUCGAUCAUCACAGUUGUUUUUCAUUAAAAGAUAAUAUUUACUUUUAUGGAAUUUUAGAUUUGAACCGCAUUCUACAAGAAAAAUUGGAUAAGGAAAUUCCAGUCAUAACGGUAGUAGCUGUCACAGGAACAACAGAGCAAGGCGCCGUUGAUCCAGUGACUGCAGUUGUCUAUUCGCGCGAAAAGUUUAGAAUGAAGGUAAGGAUAACUUGAACUAUAUCUGACUUCAUAUCUGAAAUUUCUUACACUGUCAAAACCAUUAUACUCAUCAUCAUCAUCAUCAUCAUGAUAAUCAUCAUUUCUUUCUUCAUCGUGAUCACUAAGAUCAUCAAUCGUUUUCGGCGAUGUAUUAAUUAUAUAGAUCCUUUUUACCUGGCACCACUUUCCUAAAAUAUUUAUGCCAUAAAUUAGGUAUUACUUUGAAGAAUUGUCUAUUUUAAAAACCCAUGUCUUUAUUUAUAUGAAGGGUCUGAACUUCAGCAUUCACGCGGAUGCAGCCUGGGGAGGAUAUUUCUGUAGUAUGCUGCGCGCGCAGCCGGAGAGCAGUCCUAUGCCGACAACCAAACAAACAGGAUUUGUUCCAGAAAUGUACCUGAGUUCCUACGUCCACGAACAGUUAUCAGCUCUCCACCAUUGUGAUACAAUCACUGUUGAUCCCCACAAAUCUGGCUUCUGUCCUUAUCCUGGUGGUGCAAUCUGUUAUAGAGACAGAAAGAUGAAUUCAUUUCUGUCAAUCACCAGUAAGGCGCUCUUUUUGCAUGGGAACAUGCUUCUUAAUAAUGUUGGUAUCGAAGGAUCCAAACCUGGGGCAGCUGCUGUAGGGGUCAUGAUGGCAAACAGGGUAACCAUUUAUGAAUCUUUUUCUUUUAGUAAUGUAUUAAAAAAUAGUCUAUAUAAGACAGCCCAAUUAUUACGACUAUUUUUCGACAAAACACCAAGUUAUUUUUCUGGCUCAUGUGUGAUAUCAUCAUAAAAAAAUAACCGUAGAAUUUGAAUCAAUCUCUUCUGGAAACAAGUGAGCUUGAUGCUUAUAUCACAGUUGUUAUUCUAUGCGUAGGGUGAAAGAAGCAAAGGUUUUCGGUUUCAGAAAUGCACAGAUACGCGUAUUCUAAGUAAGCUCGAAAUUUGUCAAUAUGGAUGCGAAAACCUCAAUAUGUGUGGCGAAGCCUUUUUCUAACCCUCAGGUCUGCUUGUUUCGCUGGAAAUGGAAACAGUAAACAAUUCGAAAAUUUAUCAAAGUCCAUUAAAGCGUAAUUUUUUUACUACAGAAUUUAUGUUUAAAAGAGGGAUUAGUCAACUAUUGUUCUUGCCAGUUGCUUAUAGGAUAAAUAAAGCUUACUUAGUGUUCUUCAAUAUCGGUUUCCUCCUUUCGUAGGUCAUUGGUCUUCACAAACACGGUUAUGGUCGUAUCCUGGCUGAGUGCAUGUUCAACGCAAAGAUUCUGUACUGUCAGUGGGCAACGCUGGCCAAAGAAGACGACAUUUUUGUCAUCAAAACGACGAUUCCUCUACCCAGUUUGACUAACUGGUCAGAGGAGGAUCAUAUUACCUUCAUCAGAGAACGAAUUCUCGGAAAAAGCAACGAAGAAAUUGCUCGGGUAAAUCUUUUAGCUUGUUUAUCUGAAAUCAAGUCACUAGUGGGAUAUUUCACGAUAUACCACUCGCAGGCGUUGCAUAAGUGAUAUUUUACAAGUCAGAGUUAUUAGUCAAAAGUAAUUAAAGAGUAGGAGGUUUUGUACAGCCCAAUAACGUCAGUCUAAUUACUGUUAAUAACUUUUAUACAUAACUCUGCUGUUGAAUGACUCCCGACAACUAAUUCCUAUUCUAAGAAAACAUACGACAAAAUACAUGUAGGGAAUAGGCAAGAAACUCUUUCUGAGUGCCUUUCACAACCUUAACUGAUUACCAGUUACAGGUGUAGGUGCGACCAGGCUUUUGCCAGCUAAUCGGAUUUGAGAAAUUUAGGACCAAACGAUCAUUGAUUAAUAGACCGUUUUUAGCUUGUAUGUUUUGUUUUCCAAUCAGACCACGUGAUCGUACCUGAGAGAACUGUUUCUUUCAAACGUCGCCCGAUGCACGUGCAUCCACGUGCAUAUGUAUGCAUAUUGUAUGAAAAGACAAAAAGGAAAAUCCCCAGGCGAACAUCAUCACGUGGUCUGAAUAGGGAAAACAAAACUUACAAGCUAAAAUGGUCUAAUGAAAGUUUCAUCAAAGCAGACGUUCCGGGUACUAUUAAAGCCCUUUGUUAUAAAGGGAACAAUAGCACUCUACCUGACGUCACCUUUUGAAUUUGCUUGCGGUGACAAUUUUUUUUCACUUUAUCAUUGACAGCGAAGCAACUCUUUGAUAAAACGAACAGCAGCAAAGUUAAGUACUGUUUUAUCUUGUCUGUCGUUUAGGAUGAUAAAGCUAUGCUUUACCUAAAAGAAGUGGGCCCUGAUACCUUGAUACCGUGUUUCGCUGUAAACCUGAAAGGAAACCAAAGCGUUGAAGUGUGCAAUGCAAUCAACACAGCGAUAUUCGAAAGGCUCACUCACACAUCAGGGGAACAUACAGCGUUUCGCAUCCCAAUGCUUGUUACCUCAUCAAGUAUGGUGUCCCACGUCCACAGUGUUGCAGCCACAAAUUUCAAGACAAGAUUAGGGGUAAGAGAGAACAACAAGAAUCGAAAUCUGGUAUAACGAGAAACCUUCUCGAUGCCCUUUCCUUUUUGGAAAUUCGAUUUAUAUUUUAAAAGAUCACGUGAUAUAUGUAGGACCAUAUAAAUAACUGAAAAUUAUUGAUGGUUUUUCUUGACCACAGCCAUGAAAAGUGAGGCAGAAUUACGCGUGUCUAAACUGCAAUAUGCACUAAUCUACACAUCUUUCUUUCUUUCUUUUUUCUAUUCAGCUGAACUCAAACAACGACACACCAGUCAAAUAUAUCAUAACAACUUGCAUGGAUCCCUGGGUCACAUCUUUAGAUUUCAUGGACCACGUGUCAUCUGUCAUGAGGAACACUAUUUUGUGCGCAAUUGGAAGGGUAAGGGCUAAUUUACUUUUCAAAACACCUUUGAUUUUAAAAGGUGGAAUGCCCUUAACACAUCAAUUAUUUAUGAUCAACACUGCUAUUGUCAUCUCUGCUUUAUAUUCAAGGUUACUGAUCCUACUGCCCUCCACAACUUUGUCAGUACGGGAGUUGUCAAUGAACAGAACGAAGUAAUCGCCUGUUAUGUUGGAGAUUUUAACAGAGUGCAGAAGCAGUACGAAGCAAUUGUCAAGUUAAAAUUCAUGCACGACAGGGACGCCGAGAAGUACAUCACUACAGAAAAGAAGUUGUUAAAGGAAAAUGGUGCCCGAAAACCAAUUGUCUUCCGAAGCAAACGGCAAAGACUCCAUGAUGUCUUCUUCAAGGAUACAGGGUACUCUGGUGAAUUGGAGGAGUUCGACUGUUUCAUUGGGUUGCCUUCUGAUAACAGUAACCAUCCGUUUAUGAGUCCAAAAAUGAAGAUCAUAGAUGUUCCACGUUACGAACAUUUUGACAACCAUGAAUCUCUUGAGCAAAGUGACUACUUCAUGUACGGUGACAUGAAAAACCUGUUUUUGUUUCACAUCCCUGCCAAGAGUUCCGACUUCUAUCAGGUAACAGCGCUCUGUUGAUCCAGUAUACUAUCAUCAUCAUCAUCAUCAUCAUCAUCAUCAUCAUCAUCAUCAUCAUCAUCAUCAUCAUCAUCAUCAUCAUGAUCAGCAUCAUUAUCACUAUCAUCGUCAGCAACAUCAUUUUUAUCAUCAUCGAUAUGAUUCUCAUUCUAAGACCGAAUUUCACAUAACAAGCAUUUUAACAAACAAAAUUCUUCACCGUUUUUUUUUUUUACUUUACGUCAGAUCAGAUACCAAAAGCUCCGAAUCCUUCCAGGCAAUAAAUAUAACUCCCUGUCAAUUCAUAAGCCAUAUUUCCAUUACCGUUUUUAUUCUCAAGUAAAAAGAUGCAUGGAUCAAAAGCCAUUUUCGCUGAAAACUGAGGAGUUCGUUCGUAAUGAAGCUGUGAAUUGUGUAAGACAUGAGAUUUCUCGAAAAAUUACACUUUUCAUCACAUGAACAUUAUGUAAAUUACGUCACAUGACCUCUUAUGACCACGGACUCCCAAAAAAUCUUUAAGCAAAAAUGGCAGCCCGUUUAGAUUCGAAGUUAUCCAACUUAAUUGCUACAAGACAACUUACAACAUAAAGGACUACCAAAUUGCGCUUGGCAACAUUUGAAUAUAGAAGCAGGGUUAUAUUAGGAGACAGAUCAUUCUAGGUCGCAGCUCCGGCACUUUGGAAUGUAUUACCGCGUGAGAUUCGUUCUAUUACAGAUCUAGGGUUAUUUAAGCGCCGUCUGAAAACGCACCUCUUUAGGGAAGCUUUUUAUUAAUUUAUUAAUUUUUAAUUUUUAUUAUGAUAAUUACUAGUGUUUUAACAUAUAUUGUAUAUUUUAAUUUUAUCAUAGUAUAUUUUAAAUAAUUAGUAGUUAGAUACCCUUUAUUAAGUUAUUAUAGAUAGAAAUUAUCUAAUGGGCGCUUGAUCAUUUCAUGGAAAGCGCGCAAUAUAAGAAUUAAAUUAUUAUUAUUAUAUGUAAUUACUUUUGUAGAUAAACGGCUUUUCUGACUAGUGCUCAGUUCCCCCAUUUCAAGUGGUUCCUUUAAUCACACUUUUCCUUUACAAUAUGUUAAAUAAUAUACCUGAAGGCCCUAAAAUUAUGCAAUCAAUUAUAAAAGGUUAAGGACACAAGAAAAAGUAUGCCCAUAACCAAACUGGCAAAAAAUAAAAGUGUGCUUGUCUGACCAAGUUUCGAGCUGCUACCACAAAAGCUUUGAAAGAAAGACUACCCGACCCCCCCCACCACCAAUUUUUAACUGAAUAAGUGGAGACCCAUGCUCUAUAAGUUAACUUGAGUUAUUCUCAUUCUCAUUCUCAUUUUCAGUAUCAUCAUCAUCAUCAUCAUCGCUGAAUAAAAUAGUAACAAUAAUAAUAACAAUAACAUUGUUAUUAUUAUUAUUAUUAUUAUUAUUAUUAUUAUUAUUAUUAUUAUUAUUAUUAUUAUCGUUAUUGUUAUUAUUAUUAUUAGGGCUGAUUAACAAAUCUCAUUCCCUUGUUUUUUCCCUUUUUUUCUCGUUCUACUAAAGAUUGUAGAGCUUGAUGGCGUUCCAGACAAUGUAGGAUUUGAAGAAGAUGAUGACCUUUUACUCAAACACGGAAUUGAAGUGAAAAUUCCCAGCAUUCCUGAUGAGCCUAUGAUUGUAAACGGAGAAAUCCAGGAACCCUUGGAGAAAAGGGAAUUUGACAUAAAUUUUCUUGGAAUUAACGGCAAAGAAGUUGAGAGUAAUGUGAGAGUAAGGAGAAAGAUUUGGUUUGCU